AUGGCAAGAACAGCAAGAAGACAACUCAGAGGGCGACAUCUGUUAUUUGGAGAGUAUUUGUGGAGCUGAACAACCCUAAAUGUGCACUAUCGAAGAUGAACUUAACAUCGAUGGGUCGAUAGAGGUAAGCAUUUAAGCCAUGUUUUUAAACUAUGAAUGAAUUUUUUUGAAUGAAUAAUUAAAAAAAUUAUUGAAUUCAGCUUUCAUAUCCCAGGGCUCAAAGUUAGCGACUAACUGGUCGCAUAUGCGACUGGAUUUUUGGUUGUGCGCCUAAAAAUUCAUGUGUAAUCACACCUUUGCGCCGUAAAACCCAAAGAACAGUGCGACUGACUUACUUCCGACUAUACUUACGAAUUCGAACUAGAAAGACGGUGAAUGUUUAAUUGGUCUUUUCUCCCAAUGGAUUCUACGAACUCGAAUGUUCUUUUUCGUUUCGAUGUUUUACUCCAUCCCAGACUCUUCUGUUUUGUAAUAAAUACCGCUGACACAUGCAAAUAUAUGCUACGAACAAAACAUGUACUUUUUGUGCAAUGGACGAUCAUGUCGAACAUUCAGUUUUAACGUCAAUCAAAACAAAAACAUUGCGGAUUAAGAGCCUUUUUUUCCAGAUAAGAAAGUUUUUUAAGUCGUAUUCCAGUUACAUGUAAGUCAUUGCGUAUUUAACAAAUUCAUGAAAGAUUAAUUUUCAUUCUUGUUCGACACACUCAUUGUUGUCAGUUUUGAAUUGUUUUUCAAGUGUAAGUUUUCUUUAGUCACAACUGUACUGUCAAAAAGAGAAAUUAUUAUUAAAAAUCACAACGGUAUUACUGCAUAGCAAAUCGGCUAUGUUUUGUCAAUCACAGGACUGAAGUAAAAGUAACAAACUGAAGAUGACAAAUUUUAUCAAUCACAGGACUUAAAUAAAAGUAACUAUUUCAAAUGAAGAUGACAUAUAUACGUGGCACUGUUAAGCUUUUUACUUCUUCUUUUGAAAUCGAUGCUCCCAACAUUAUAAGCUGUGCUCCUAAAAUUUUCAGCUGUGUGCCUAAAAAUUUACAUCUGGUAGCACAAGUGCUCCCAAACUCAAAUUUAAACUUUCAGCCCUGUAUCCUAUGAAAGAAUUAUGGAAAUCGAGGAGGGUGUCAUCCCCCUCAGCCUCGAUGGAUAACACCCUCCUCGAUCUCCAUAAUUUUUCAUAAGAUACUCAGCCUCAUUCAUUAAUUGAUAAAUUAACCUUGACCUUUUUUACUCUUAAUCCUUUGUACAUUUUUAAUAUCAAAACAGAAAUUCUUCGUCUUGCAUAUAUGAGUUGAAUGGGGUAUACAUCAGUUUACAUGUCAGUAAACAGUUAAAAAAAGUCAAUAGACAGUUUAUCAUCAUGGACCAUACUUUUAAGCUGGCUUAUACAAUAAAGACAACUACCUCAUGCAUGGUUCACAGAUAUAACGUAAAUGCAAACACAAGGAAUACACAUAUGAACCAUAAAAAUGCAAAUGCAAGUACAAGUGCCGGUAAAAGAAAUGGGAAAAAAGUAUUCUUGCACUUCCAUGGCACUUUUAUUUACACAUGUGAACCUGGGCAAUGCAAACACAAAUGCAAAAGCAAGGUGAAAAAACACAGGUUCCAUUGGUUCCAUGUCACUAUGGCUUUGUGAAAAAGACUUGGACUGCGUCUGUGUAUCUUUCCUUCCUUGUAUAUGAAUUGGAUGUGCGAACGUGGUUUGCUUCUGCAUUUGCACUCGAAUUGCCCGUGCGUCAAACAUGUGAACCAGGCAUUAGGUAGUCAAAGUUUCUGCCAAGUAUACAGAGAUGCCAACCUCUGGAGAUCUAAAAUCUGGAGACUCUCGUUUUUGCACUUCCCCACCCCCAACAAAUUAACCCAGCCCCCAAUGGGAAAGACUAAGGACAUUAUAUGAAGUCUUACAUGAAGUACAUGCUAUCAAAAUUCGCAAUCAUCGUUUUUAUACCAGAAAUAAUCUUUGACAGUGACUAAAUACGUGCAAAAGUGCCCCAGAAACCGUACUGCGAAUAAGAAAAAUUCAAGUUUUGAACUAAAAAUGAGCUAAAUUUGAAAUCUAGGCACAGGAAAGCUCAAAAGAUGAUUUUAUCCGGGAGAUAAGGUGACCCGUACGGUAGAGCAGGAGAUUGGUGCUGUAUCCGGGAGAGUUGGCAUGUAUGAGUAUAGGCGAAUCUUUGCUGACGUCAUUGUUUACAUUUUUCCUCAUUAGCAUACGACUUAACUCAUAGAAGCCGUGGCUGUAUACAGCGAUUUCAAGAAAAGUUGUCGGAAAAAAGUGUGCACGCGACAAUCCCGAAUGGCAAUAUGGGAUAUGAUCAAUACACUGUUCCGGACGACAGUAGCUGUCGAGCCUACUUUUGUUGUUUUUUUCUUUAGCACUAGCAAACUUAUGUCCAUGGCCUCUCGUGCCAUUCUUUCAAAUUUCUUUGAAGAACAGUAAACUCAAAACCACCCACAAUACCUUUCGGGAUUGUCGCGUGCACUUUUUUCCGACAACCUUUCUCGAAAUAGCUGUAUAUGAAUUAAAUGCAAAAGUCGAAAGAGCUGUUAAAGUUGGGCAAUUUGUGCAAUUUUCAGCUUUUUGCGAGCAAUAUUGAAAGAAAUAUCAGCCACCAAAAACUGCGAAAUUGCUGUGUGGCAAAAAAGUUAAUUAGCCAUACAUUCUCUAUAAAAUUUCUAGUUUUUAGAGGAGAAUUUCUCCGAAACCAUUUGGUGUAUUGGGCUCAAAUUUUCAGAGAUAACUGAAACUGUUAUGCCCUUUCAAUGUUCAGAGUUUUUAUUUUAUUAGCGUCAUCAGACAGUGAUAAGCAAAUGUUAAUGAGGCAAAAAAGGUAAACAAAGAUUCGCCUAUUUGUCCCAAUAUGUAUCAGUUACACAGUGAAAUAAUAAACACAAAAAGUGAGAGAGGUUGCUGAAACUAUUAUUUUCUGUGUCAUUCACCCUUAUAGCGAACCAAAUAACACCUGAAUAAGACAUGCUGAUGCACAUGUGUGGAGCAAGGCCAGAGUACUAUCCUUUUGUUGUGUUUUAUUCAGCCUGUCCAUAUUCAACUGCUACUCAAGCUAGGUAUGUCAUUAUUAAAGCCAUUGCAGUCAACUCUUUCUAAGACGGACACCUUUGGGACCGGUACUAAGUGUCCAUCUUAGAGAGGUGUCCGUCUUAUAGAGAGUCGAAGAAAAGGAGUAAAGAAAGGCAGGGACCAACUCUAAGUGUCCGUUUUACAGAGGUGUCCGUCUUAUAGAGGUGUCCGUUAAGAGAGAGUCGACUGUACUUCAUUUUAAUCAUUCUGUAGUUCAAUCCUCUGCAUCUUUCUUAGAGACUGAUAGCCUGCGAAAACAGCCAUUUCUCCUUGCUCCUCACUACUGGAGACAUUUCGAGGAUAGCGAGGAGAAACGGCUAUUUUUGCAGGCUAAUGGACUCAAACCAUGUGACUUAGAAUGGAAAGAAUGAUUUCAUAAAAAAAAUUCUGCAAAUGGACUUGAAGUGAAAAGUUUUGUGGAUGAAGUUGUAAUGGUGUUUAUCUAUUUACAUAAAUAAGUCCAUCACGUUAUAGCAGGCUUGAAAAAAAUUAUUGCCUAAACUGACUUACCCAUAAUCCCUACCCCAACAGGUUAACAGAUAAUGGUCAGCCUCUAAUUAUUGUUAUCUCUUUUUAGCUCUUCAAGAAAACCAACUUUGUAUGAGAUCUUGGACGUAUCGGAAACAGCAACUCUUGGAGAAAUCAAGGAUGCCUUUAUAAAAAAGUCCAAAGAGGUAAUUCCAGAGUAUUAAAAUUUUAAGUUGUGUGUGUUGAUGUUAAUGUGUGUAGUGUUAAAUACGUAAAAUGUAUCAUUAUUGGAGUUCAGACAGUACUGCACGUACAUUUUGUAACGUUCUUUCUUUAGGCUCGCUAAUGUCACAUGUUUAAAUAAAGAUUACCAGUAUCUUAUCUUAUCUUAUCUUACCGUUCAAUUGCCAGUCUUGAUUCUCAAUUCCUGUAUGAGUGAAGAAUUAAGAAUCAGUUAUUGAGAAUGACGUAACGAUUGAUUUUCACAAGAUAGAAGCAAUAGAUACCUGGAUUCAUCCAUGAUUGAUUUCUUGAUAAUUUUACUUUGACGUAACACAAAAAGGAUCACAAACAAAGCAAAGCUUAAUACCAGCUGGCUUUGUGCCGUAUGUCACUGAUGCAUGAGAAGUGCUUUUACUAUAGAAAUCUUUUCUCUUAUAUUUCUUUCAGUCUCAUCCAGAUACAAAUCCACUCAAACCAGAACUCCACAAUACUUUUGUCGAGGUAAACUUUGAUACUUUUUAACACUAUUUUCUUAAGCCUUGGUAAUGAAGCAUGUGUUUACAACUAUUUACAGUUUUGUAGUUUGAUUGAACAUUGUGUGGCCAAUCUUAAUGAAGCUGCUACUUAUCUUAUCCCUGAUGGUGGCAAUGAUUGGAAAUUUUGACUUUUUAGUGAUAUGUUCCGGCUGAAAUUCUAUGAAGUGUUUAAAUCUGUACUGGAAGUAACAAUGUAUUUUUUCCUUGCAGGUCAGUCAGGCAUACAAUAUAUUAAGUGAUGCAAGUAGCAGACGUGCAUAUGAUCUCUCACUACUCAGCUCUUUCAAUUCCUCCUCUUCUUCAAGAGGUAGUCCAUUUGGUUCUGUGCCACGAAACAGGUAGAGGUCUUAGACUUUAAAUUGAUGAUACACAAUUUAACAGUUUUAAUGUUAGUGUUGCUCACCAAACGGCAGAUGAUGUUGGUGUUUAAAAAGUUCAAAUUAUUAUACAACUUUUUUAGCAAAUUGGCUAUUACAGACUGUGCGAUUACUUGAACCAGGGCACUUGGAAGAAGAUCAUCCAAUCACAACAUUUUUUUGCAAAUUGACCAAUAAAAUUUAAGAUUGAAAUAUGCAACCGUUGAAAACUUUAAAACCAUUUUAACUUACCUGACCUCUCAGGAAACAGCCCUAGCAUUUUAUGAAUGUUAUUGGUCUGUUUGCAAAAAAAUUUGAGAAUCUUUUGUUUUUAAAAACAUUGUGAUUGGAUAAUCUUUUUUCAAGUGCCCUGGUUUUAGUAGUUGCACUGUAAGUCAAAUUUUAUUAUGUAAUUGGGAUGUGCUUAUGACUUAAAUUUUGUGAUUGCCUCUCAUUAUAUUAAAAUUCAUACUUGGCUCCGAGGCUUGGGAGAAUAAAACAACAACAGAAGUGUAUUAUUCAUUAUUGAGCCUCAAGAUGAUUUCUUUUGUUUUAUUCGCCCUUGCAGCCAAGUAUGAAUUUUAAUAUAUCGGAAUUGGUCUAUUUUGGUCUUUGAAGAAAACCAUUUCACCAUCCUAGAGUUAAAACAGUGUCCUCUACGAUAUCAAUUUGUCUUUACUUUGCAGUGACAAUUUUUAAGCUUCUCAUUGUAAGCACCAUUCACUCUUUGCAGGCAAUCUUCAUACAGUUACUAUUAUGAGAAGGCCACAAGCUCAUCAAACUACAGGUAUCCUUACUUUAAGUUACCGUAUUUACUUGUGUAUAAUGCGCACUUUUUCUCCCCUGAAAUCAACCUUCAAAUUUACGAUGCGUGUUAUACAAGGAUUCCAUUGUUUGGUCAAGAAAACAAAAGAAGACAAAAGCUUUGCAGUAAUUGGUGUUUAAUACACUCAGUAAAGUAAACUACCGAUGAGCUGUUUUCAAUUUUGAUCCAUGAAUAAAUUAAAAUGGAAACAGCUGAUUGAGGAAAACAACAUGUGAAAUUGUCACUAUAGUGAUCAUGGCUACGAAACUUACCACUGUGAAACGUCAAAGUUGCACUGUGUCUGACAAGUUAGGAAUAAUCCAGUUUGCUAUGAGCAACAUGGCAAUCAUGCUGCCAAGCAGAGGUACACAGUCAACUCUCUCUUAAUAGAUAGAUAGAUAGAUAAAUCGUUUAUUAAAAAAAGAAACACCUCGUAGUCCGAAGACUGAAUUACGUGUAUAAUAUACAAGUUAUAGUUAAAAUGGAUUUAAAAAACUAUAAUAAUAAAAAUGUACAAAUCUAACAAAAACAUUUCACUUAGGAUAACCUUGUGUUAGGAAAAUAUACAUACUUAAACAAAUUUAUUUACAUUCUUAGGCUAUGGCUAACAAUAUGGACACCUCUAUAAGACGGACACCUCUGUAAAACAGAUACCUAGAGUUGAUCCCUGCCUUUCUUUGCUCCCUCUAUUGACUUUCUAUAAGACGGACAUCUCUCUAAGAUGGACAGCUAGUGCCGGUCCCAAAGGUGUCCGUCUUAGAUAGAGUUGACUGUACCCUCGUACAGGGUCCAGUUGCACAAAAGGUGGAUAAAGCUAUCAACUAAAUAAAUCACCAACCAAAAUCAGUUCUCUCUUAGCAAUAUUUUUUUUUAUCAAUACAUCAUUGAGAGGAAUAUUGUGAGAAUUAAUAAGAUAAUCAGCUAAGGGAAAAUACUUUGAUCUUCAAAGAAAUUCUCUCCACGUAUUCUGAAAGGAAAUGUAUGGAGAUCAGUGUAGAGAAUUUGCAUGUAGAUGUUACGGGUCAAAAUUUAAUUCCGGUUUAAAAUUUUUAACCUAGGUUGUUUGUCAAAUUCCUUUGUCUCCUAGCCCUAAUCCAUGAAUAGAGGUCUAGGAGUCAAAGGAAAUAGAGAAUCUACCAAGGUUAAAAAAAUAUUAAACCUGAAUUAAAUUUUGACCUGUAAUAUAGAUAUUGUGGUUUAAAGGAUUAAAUGUCUGAUCAUUAUCGUAAUUUUUUAAAAUGAGAUUUUCCUUUUGAUCUUCAGGCAAUCAAGAACCUAUGACUUUACACCACCACAUGUACAUGUAAACAGAGCUCAAAAACAGAAACACAACAGACUUAUUAUGUUGGGAGCUUUUGUCUUCAUGAUGACUGGAGCUACAGUUAGCUAUCUUAUAAUCAGGUUUGUUUGGGUCAACACUGUCUUAUUUCCAUCCACCAAACUGACGUUGACAGAUUAAUGAUUCAUACACAAAUUAAGGGUUAGGGUUAGGGUUGUUGCUAUAUAUAUUCAAAUCAAACCACUCAAUGUCAGCCAAUCCUCGGUGUAAUAGGGGUUAAAGUGAUGCGCUGCAGAGCUGAUACUUCGAGAUCAAAUCCUACUUGUGCCAUCCUGAAUUCUUUUUCCUUAAAAAUUGAAGAGACUUAGACUUUUAUGAACAGAAAUUUCAUGAAAGAAAAGUGAAAUGUCUUGUGGGAGCCACUGAGAGGAAAAUGUCAGUUUGGCGGAUGGAAACAAGUGACGACCGUUUGUUUGUGAAACUGUUCUGCAUGUUUUAAAGCAGCUGUGACAUGAAAUUUAUCAAAAUUCAAACAUUCUGAACUGCCACAAAAUUGACUGAAACAUAAAAAUAACUGCUCAAAAAAAUAAAAGAAGGAAUAAAUAGCACAGCAAAUAAAAAAAGAAGGCAAGGAUGGGCAGAUUCUAAGAAGAUUGAAACAGAUUGCAAAAUUUGUGGUUUUUGAAAACUUACAAGUUAGCCUAACGGUUUUUCAAAGUUUAUUCUACUGCGCUUUUCACAAACAUGUGAACUCUAAAGUUCAAAAGCUGCCUUUACAAUUGGGUUUUUCGCUACCGUCAAUCAGAAUUACAAUCACAAGCAACGAACCGUGAAACACAGAAACACACUAAACGGAUUGAAAUCCACCAAUCACCAAUCGCAAACCAUGACCUUUUGAACCCGUUAAAGUAAAGUUUUGUUUCCUAAGAGGUUUGUUAAGAUGAUUGACGGCAGUGAAAAAUGCAAUCGUCAGUUCGCUUUUGAACUUGAGAAUUCGUAUGUUUGUGAAAAGCGCAGUUAAAGUAUUUGUCUGUAACAUUUGAAUCUAUGAUGCUUGAGAGAUGUAUUUGUUUGAAGUGAAGCAGUGAUAUUGUCAUGGAUCAAUUCAGGCUUCUGGGAAACUACCUACCUACCCCUCCCCUAAACACUUACUUCUCACUUACGGCAAAAUGAUGGGUUAGGGGAGGGGUCGUAGGUGGGCAAUUUCCCCGAAACCAAAAUUGAUCCAUUGUCGUUAUUUUGCAAGUUAUUUCUUUGCUGAGGAUAAGUCACAUAAUUUAUGUGACUUCCUUCCUGCACUUGCUUUUGCAGUGACAUUCCAGGGCUAGAUCUGUCUAAAGUGAACAUAGCCUUACAGACCCUUUGGGCUGGUCCUGAUAUUAGAGAACUUUAGUUUUUGUUGUCGGGAGAGGGCUUACCUCCUUCAGCAUAAAUAGCUGUGCUAUUUUUUUGGUGCAAAAAAGUAAAAUAAAUAAAGCUUUCUGGGGUGCAGGGCUCAAAGUUUAAGUUUGAAUUUGGGAGCACUUGUGCUACCAGAUGUAAAUUUUUAGGCACACAGCUGAAAAUUUUAGGAGCACAGCUUGCAAUGUUGGGAGCAUCUAUUUCAAAAGAAGAAGUAAAAAGCUUAACAGUGCCACGUAUGUAUGUCAUCUUUAUUUGAAAUAGUUACUUUUAUUUAAGUCCUGUGAUUGAUAAAAGACAGCUGAUUUACUAUGCAGUAAUACUGUUGUGAUUUUUAGCACUAAUUUGUCUUUUUGACAGUACAGUCUGUUGUGACUAAAGGAAACUUACACUUGAAAAAAAUGUACAGCAACAAUGAGUAUGUCCAACAAGAAGUAAUCUUAAAUGAAUUUGUUAAAUGCACAAUGACUUACAUGCAACGACUUAAAAACUCUUUCUUACCCAGGGGCAUAGCCAGGAUUUCUAGGAGGGGGGGGGGGGCUGUUCCAAAUUGGUUCCAACGAAAACGGUUGGUCUAAAAUCCUUACAUUAGGUAUGUACAAGACUUUGGCAUUUACGCUACGCAAAGAGAAGACGCCUUGGUUGCCGCUGAGCGAACGUGUUUAUCACUUCCUCGAAAUUUAUGUCUCGGUGGUAAUAUGGGUAUUAUUGAUGUUCAUCAACACCAGCCCAGAUUCUCGCUCACUUGACAUGGUCAACCUCAGGUAUGUUUUUAACCUUCUUAGUGUACUGAAUGAGUGCUCACAUUCAGCUGACGUUAUCGGCAACAUGCACAAAAUGCGGAUCAAGGUGUGGAUGUUAGGAAAGAACUCUCGAUCGCAUGCUGCGAGUGUCCGAACUGCACUGGUGGGAAGGUCGACAUCCUCAGUGCUGCACCACUUUCUCUUCCAUUGCAGGAGCUCAACAUCAACCACAUGAGGAGAAGGAAGGUCAUUCUCAUAAAACUCCAGCGCUGCUUCAAUGUCAGGAUUUCUGUCUCCGACGGCUAUCAGCUCAGGAAUUUUUUGCUGUGCCUACCUUUUUGGGGAAAAGAAUGCAUGGAUCUUUUGCAAUGGGGACAUUGUUACAAAAACCACCAACUCGAACAACACCAAUGGAUCGUCUACUAAUUUCGCGGGCAUUUCUGCUGUGCACUCACGUGCAUCUUGUUACACAGGAAUCCCAACUCUGCUCAUGUCUCCGAAAAUCCAAGUGAAACGCAAAUAGAUACCACAAUGACGUUCACUGUACUUAUUGUAAGCAUAGAACAAAAUGAAAAAUUUCAGGAAUCGAGAGUCCAUUACACUCUUGCUGGGAUCAAACCACUGUUAAAAAUAGGAGAGGGGGUUCCGGAACCCCUGAGUGGAACCUUCCCCUGGCUACACCCCUGUUACCUGGAAGAAAAAAGGCUCUUAAUCCGCACUAGCUGUUUUUGUUUGACGUGCUCGGCACUCUUGACCUUAGAAAUGAAUGUUGGACAUGAUCGUCCAUUGUGCAAGAAGCAUGUGUUUCAUUCGUAGUAUACCUGCACCUGUUAGCGACAUUUAUUACCAAACAGAAGAGUUUGGGAUGGAGUAAAAUAAACAUUCAAGUUCAUGAAAUCCUUCGGGAGAGAGGAAAUAUUAAACAUACACAGAUGAAACAAUGUAACUUUAUUAUUUUAGAGCCUGGUUGUGGUACAGUGUAUUUCUACAUUACUUUUACUCUCAUAAGGCUUAAGUACUAGUUUGAGUUUGCAAGUAUGGUCAGGUUAGGAAGCAGGGAAGCAAGUUGGUCAGUGUGCCUUUGGUUUUAUGGUGCACAGGUGUGAUUACACAUGAUUUUUUACGCACAAAACCAAAAAUCCAGUCGCAUAUGCAACCAAUUAGCCAUUAACUUUGAGCCCUGCUGGGGUGUCAUUAAAUCUGCUUGAUAUUAUAUUUUAUCAGCUUCUCCCCACUACUUCUGUAGGAAAUAAAUAGGGGCAACAAAUGAGAAUUCAAAUUUUGAUCUUACGGUUUUUUCUCAUUCUUCCUACUGUUUUUAGAACUGUCAGCUCCUGCCUUUUUCUCUCUCGUCCUCUGUUCUCCCCUUUUCUGACUCCUGUCCUGCCCCCCUGUUCUCCCGGGCUCCCACCUCUAUGUCCUCCGUCACUGAAAAGGGUUGUUGGCAGCUUUGCCUCUAACUGUGAAUUGCUGUUAUUUGCCUUUAAUAUAUAAUUUGCGGCAGCUCUCACAUUUGCAGUUGAAACCCGCUUAAUACAGACAGUCCUCGUUAUUAUGGACAGUUUUCCUUGUUCCUGGGAAAAGAAAGCCCUUAUAUUUUCUCUAAAUUCAACCCACUUAAUACGGACACCUCGUUAAUGUGGAUUCUUUCUAUGGCCCCCUCGGUAUCCAUAUUAAUUGAGUUUGACUCUAUUAACAUUUUGAGAAAGUUAGCGCACGACACUUGGGAGUAUAAGGUAGUGCCAUUUGAUUAUCAGUCAUGACAUUAAUUUUGUUCAUCACUCCAUCACAGAACAAGACAUAACCUGUACAGAGCACAUAUGGAUGAAUCUAAUCGAAGAGCACAUCAGGUGUAUUCACAGGCUGUGGAGAGGGGAAGGUACAUAGCUUUAAUCAUAAACUUUUCAUUUUGCUGUUUUAUCUGAGGAGUGCUGCGUAUGUUGUACGGUAUGAAACUAGUUACUGUAGUUAUAAAAUGCAAGUCGAAUCUUCAAUUACUGAUCAGGUCCCCUCUAUUAUAAUGCCCUAGGUCUUCUAUUGAGCACUCUGACAAUAGGUGUGCAUAUCAACUGAUAUAGAUUUACUAAUAAUGAUAAUGAUGAUAAUAAUAAAAUAAUAAUAAUAUUAUUAAUAUUAUUUUAAUAUAUUAUUCAGUGAAUUGAUAGACCUUGUUAAAUUUCCUUGUGUGCAGCUUGCGCAGCUUUGAUCAUGAUCGAUUAAAUGGCCUCUGUUAGUGAAUAGGUGGCAUGUUCUUCAGCAUGCAAAAAUUCAAUGAUGAUGUUUAUGUAAUAGUGAGUUAAUAUUUUUUCAGAGCAAAUGGUCUAAAGCGUCAACUGGAACAUCUAAUCGCUCAGAACAGUAGUGGGCUUGAAAAAAUUGCUGCGUCAAAAUCAAUACAGCAUUUAGAAGAGAAAAGAGAGUGAUAAAAUGUAUGUAUUAAUAAACCUCUCUGAAGACAAGUUGAUGAAGAAGGCAAGGUAACUUUGGUUGUCACAAAUCGAUCAAUGCCAAAAUACAUUUUGUACACAAUGUAUUUCAAUUCUGUUGUAAAUAUUCAACAUCGAAAUGUCUUUUUUGGUAAUAUAAUAAUACUGCACCAUUUUUAUGACUAAAUCUUGGACCUGCUAUCCAGGAGUGUUUUGCACCUGCCAACUCUUGGUUCAUGGUAAAAACCUUUAUCACUGGUUUCACCGGAUUUUAGAGGUUUAGCGACCUGGGUUUUGAAUACUUUCUCCUCCAUAUCAAGAAAAUAUUGAAUCAGCAUUACUUGAAUUGACUGUGAGUGACCAACCUGACCAUUGAUGUUGGUUGAUCACUUCUUAGAAAUAAAUUUUGUUAACCAGCCCACCUCCUCUACCUCCAAUAGAAAACAAAUUCAACAAAGUAAUCAUUAAACGACAAACUUUUAUUCAUACAUUUGCUGUGAUAAUUAUAUCCCUGGUAGACAGUUACAUGUACAUGAAUGUAGUGCUCUCUGACAUAAUGGAGAAGAAAUAAACUGGUUAUUUUUAUACCAAAAAAAUAUUGAAACCCUAAGAAGAGAUAGAUGACUGUACUAUGUGAAGGUGUAGAGUUAUGAAAGUUCUCUUUAAAUAGCAUUAUUGACAAAAUAAGUUUUACCCCUAUUUUUAUUUUUCUGUGGAAAAAGAGUCUUCCGUUAUUGCUCAAUAUUUAUAUCUCUAAAAAUAAAUCACUGGUCUCCUCGUUUUCCAUCUAUGCUUGUAUUGCUUUUCCUAAUAUUAUUAAUUCCAAUUUGGUAUUGAUAUGUAUUUUUUAAAAGCGUGAACACUCAGGCAACACCAGGAGUUAAAUCUCAACUUCUACCUUAGUCAUGUGAUUUUGUAGAACUUAUAAGCCAGUCAUGAUCUGCCAUUUCAUGACUGUUACAAAGGGAUGGAGGCCUCAUUGUUCCACUCUUAUGUGGCAGUAUGUGGCACUUGAGAAUGGUGAUGUAAAGAAUGAUCAGGCUCCAGUUGUUCAAACUUUGGAUAGUACUAUCCACUCGAUAAACUGCUAUCUCGUGGAUAACGCAAUAAUUGAUUUCUGUAAUACUUAUGUUAUGAUGGAUAACACCACAUGACUGAGGAAGAUGAUCAGAUAAUGUCAAAAUAAUUAUUUCCUCAACCAAACUCUUGCUACAAUUCUGUAUUUUCUCGUCAUUUAUUUUCUCCUAAUUUUUAAAAACUUAAACUUUUUAACACUAUCUGAAAAGUAUGAGUCCCUG